UUAAUAUUUCAGUAUUAAAUUAAAUCAAGAUACUAAUUUACUUGCGUUAUCCUUUAACCUCGUCUCUAUUGUUCUCUAAUCUUUUACUAACUGUCUCGAGUUUCAACUCUAUCCAUUCACUCUUCUGUCGAUCGAUUACUCCAGCCUCCAGCCCAAGGCGUUUUGUAUUUUGUUUGCGUAAUAGACGAUUAAUCACUUUCAAGUUUCUUGAAUGCAGCGCAUAUCAUCUGUUUGAUGAAAAUUCUGAAUGAUUAUGUAUGUUUUGCCCAAAUCAAAAUGGCAAUUCUUCUUGCUCCAAAAGCUCAAUGCUCAAGAGUUCUGGCAGUUUUCUCGCUUUCAGAGCUCCACCACUGCAUGGACCUCUCCUGCACCACCUGAGCUUCGAGAGCUAUCUGCCAUUGUUUCAAGGACGAUUGGUGGUCUAAAUGAUCUAGAAACAAGUUUGAAUUACUACAAAGCUUCUUUGACAUCGUCCCUUGUUAUCCAAGUCAUUGAUUCUUGCAAAAUUGAAGCACCUACUCGAAGAUUGCUCAGGUUCCUUUUGUGGUCUCAUAAGAAUUUAAAGUGUGGUUUGGAAGACAAGGACUAUAACUACGCAAUAAGAGUGUUUGCUGAAAAAAAGGAUCACACAGCGCUGGACAUAUUGUUUUCAGAUCUUAAGAAGGAAGGUCGAGAGUUGGAGACCCAGACUUAUGCUGUUGUUGCUGAGACUUUAGUUAAGUUAGGAAGGGAGGAUGAAGCAUUGGGCAUUUUCAAGAACUUGGAUAAGUACAACUGCCCACAAGAUAGUUUCACAGUCACAGCUGUUAUCAACGCUCUUUGUGCCCAAGGACAUGCUAAGAGAGCAGAAGGGGUUGUUUGGCAUCAUAAGGAUAAGAUUUGUGGUAUGGAACAAAGCAUUUACAGGAGCCUUCUCUAUGGAUGGUCCGAGCAGGAGAAUGUGAAGGAAGCCCGAAGAAUUAUCAAAGAGAUGAAAGCAGCUGGUGUAAUGCCAGAUUUGUUCUGCUACAACACAUUCCUCAGGUGUCUCUCUGAGAGAAAUCUUAAAAAAAAUCCUUCAGGUCUUGUUCCAGAUGCUUUAAAUGUGAUGAUGGAAAUGAGAUCCUAUAAGGUUGUCCCCAACUCAAUUAGUUACAAUAUAUUGCUAUCUUGUUUAGCUAGGACAAGAAGAGUUAAAGAGUCUUAUCAAAUUCUUGAGACAAUGAAGAAAACUGGGUGUUCUCCAGAUUGGAUGAGCUACUAUCUUGUUAUCAGAGUUUUGUAUCUAACCAUGCGAUUUGGUAAAGGAAAUAAGUUAGUGGAUGAAAUGAUUGAAAAAGGAUUGGUUCCUAUGUGUAAGUUCUACUAUGAUUUGAUUGGUAUUCUUUGUGCAGUUGAAAGGCCAUAUUAUGCUCUUGAGCUAUUUAAACGGAUGAAGAGAAGCUCAUUGGGUGAUUAUGGGCCUGUUUAUGAUGUGCUCAUACCAAAGUUUUGUAGAGGAGGGGACUUUGAAAAGGGUAGAGAGCUUUGGGAUGAGGCUAGGAAUAUGGGCGUUGAUCUUUGUUGCUCAAGUGAUAUUUUAGAUCCGUCGAUCACUGAAGUUUUCAAGCCAACGAGAAAAGAAAAAAUAAACCUUGUGGAGUGCACCCCAGUCAAAUUCAAACUUAAACAUUUUGGCAAAAAGAAAAUGCGAAAGGCACACAAGAAGAAGAAGUUUAUUAACAAGAAUAAAUAAAUAAAUCUGAUGCUGCUUAACAUGGGGUUUGCUUAUGUUAGUAAACAACAGUUUUGGUGGCGAAGUACCACGUUACAGGACAAAAUGUUCGAAAGAAAGCUUGCUUUACUACCAUGUAAAUCACUCUGACUCUGACUGUUGUUUUCCCUCUAUGAAACCAUUUUAGGGAAUUCACUAUUCUUGUUUUUGUUUAUUAAUUCUCAUGCUUGCACAUAUUUACCUCUUUGGUUUCUAAAUGGUAAAUGUUUGUGCUUGCGUGACGCAAAACACUACUCUAUAACAUUUCUCAAGAAAGAGUGUUGAUAAUACACAUCUAUUUUUGCAUUAGUCCUUAUAAA